UAAUUGUCCGUAUAUAGUUGACAUGGAAUAAAUGGAGCAACAUAAAAUGCUACACAUAUACUACCAAUACAACACCACCAUGUAUAACAUUUUCAUGUGAACUACUUGUAGUAGCUACCUGAUUACUGUCCUUAAUUACUACCUAACCACACAGUAAACCACAAUACAAUCAUAUAGAUCAUUCAUGGCCAACUGCAUCUCCACCACAAGAGUUCAUAUCAAGCUAGCCCCCACAUGUUCUUGACUUGGGCAAUGUGAGCCAAAGCACCACACAACUUGGUGAAUGCCUUUCCCCAUCAUUUCCCUCUUCUUAUAUACACAUUAGCACAGAGACUUCCCUCUAGUCCAAGUGACACCACUACUACAACCCAUGGCACUUUUGCCAUCCUUCCACUGUGUCCUGUGGAUGGCACUAACCAUACUUACCUCACACAUGAUAUUGGCAUCAGCUGAAGUUGCCACAUAUAUUGUCCAUAUGGACCUGUCAGCCAUGCCUAAAGCCUUCUCAGGCCACCACAGCUGGUAUACCUCUGUCGUCGCCGCCGUCGCCGCCACCACCACUGCCACUACUUCUGACUCGAUAUCUCUGACCUCGAACCUCAUCUACGUCUAUGACCAUGCAAUUCAUGGAUUCAGUGCUCGACUCUCGCCGUCGCAGCUAGAACAGCUCAAGAAAUCACAUGGCUACUUGUCGUCCUACCGCGACACGCCGGCGACGGUCGACACCACCCACACCCCAGAAUUCCUCCACCUUAGUCCAAGUCGCCACGUCGGACAUCAUCGCGGCGAUGGACCAAGCCAUAUCGGAUGGCGUGGAUGUCAUCUCCCUCUCACUGGGCUUCGACUUGGUCCCCCUCUACAAGGAUCCCAUCGCCAUAGGGGCCUUCGCCGCCAUGGAGAAGGGGAUAUUCGUCACGACCUCGGCGGGCAACAGAGGCCCGAGUUUACAAAUCCUGCACAAUGGGACCCCAUGGGUCACCACCAUCGGCGCCGCAACUGUCGAUAGAGAAUUCGUUGGAAUUAUCGAUCUCGGAGAUGGUAGCUCCAUCGUCGGGGAAUCGCUGUACCCUGGAAGGUCAUCUCCCAUCAAGCAUCCAUUGCCCUUGGUAUUCAUGGGGUCUUGUGGCAACGAGACCUUGCUGAAGAAUGUGCGUCACAAGAUGGUCGUAUGUGAUGCCAAGGAUUCUCUCGACUUCGCCAUCGUCCAGGUUCAGUCUGCCAAAGUGGAUGCUGCCCUCUUCAUAUCUGACGUCAUCUUCAAGGACUUGGAGGCCCAAUUCUCGUUCCCCGCGGCUAUCAUUAGCCCUCAAGAUGGUAAGACCAUCUUGGAGUACAUAAAUAAAGACCAUGACCCAAGAGCCAUGAUAAGAUUCCGGGAGACCAUCCUGGGCACAAAGCCUGCCCCAAUGGUGGCUGCCUACACUUCCAGAGGACCCUCCAUGAGCUGCCCAACCGUGCUGAAGCCAGACAUUGUGGCUCCUGGAACCUUGAUCCUAGCAGCUUGGGCGCUGAAUUCAUCGGUAGGGUUCGACAGGUCUCAUGAAUUGUUUAGCCCAUUCAACAUCAUAUCUGGAACAUCUAUGGCUUGCCCUCACGCAGCAGGCAUAGCUGCAAUGAUCAAGGGUGCGAGGCCGGAUUGGAGCCCGGCGGCGAUUCGAUCCGCGUUGGUGACCACCACAAACCAAUUGGACAACACCAUGACACCAAUUAAAGACAUGGGGGAUUCCAAUCGGCCGGCGACUCCAUUAGCUAUGGGGUCCGGUCACAUUGAGCCCAACAGGGCACUUGAUCCUGGUCUUGUCUAUGAUGCUAGUUCUGACGACUAUGUGAGACUCUUAUGUGCCAUGAAUUAUACCAUCCAGCAGAUAAAGACGAUCACUAGGACUUACUCUUUCGAUUGCUCGAAGGCAUCUUUAGAUCUCAAUUAUCCAUCAUUCAUUGCAUUCUUCAAUCCUAACAAGACUACUACUAGAGAUAAGGUUGUUCAAGAGUUCCGAAGGACGGUGACAAAUGUCGGAGACGCGGCGACUUACUACUCCAAGGUGGUAGCUAUGAAGGGGUUUUCAAUCACUGUCAUGCCAGAUAUGUUGGUGUUUCACGAGAAGUAUGAGAAGAAAAGUUUCACCAUCAUUAUUGAGGGCCAGAUGGGGAAGAAGAAGGAUGAGGUUCUUCAUGGUGCAUUAAGUUGGGUGGAUGAUAAAGGGAAGUAUGUGGUGAGGAGUCCUAUCGUGGCAACUACCCUCCCCUCGGCCCGGUUGUAGAUCGUUAGGACGAGUGUCACCAUGUCACCUCUCCAUGUCUUUCCCUUGUUAUGUGUUCCAAGUUAUGUUCUAACCAAAAGUGUAAUUGGCAAGGAUCAAGAAAAUUCCCCAGCAGAAACAUGUGCAUUAAUUUGUUUAUAAUUCUGUAUGACAUCAAUUAGUUGGUCAAAAUAACCAACUAUGGUUCUUUGCUUAUGCUUGCA